AUGGCUAUACGAAUCCAUCCAAAGAGUUCAAUGUGCGUUGUCGGCACCAUGGCAAAGUGGAUUGCCAAAACUAACACCGGGGGUGAAAUAACAGACCAAUGGAGGCAAUGCCAAGCUCCAGGUUAUGUUCUACCAGGCAAUGAAGAAUUACUAGGAUGGACCACUUCAGAAGACCUACAACUACUAGCAGUGGUGAAUACAACACAUCAAAACACCCUCACAGAAGAAUAUAAAUAUCUCUUCAUUGGCCUUGGUAAACACAGAUGGUACCUUCAUUCAGUAACAAUACCGUUACUGGUUGGUGGAGAAAGAUAUACUACAAGUUACACUGGAUACUCUGUACAGCAAUUAAAGCCUAAUAGAUUUAAUCAAUUCGACAAUAUUCAAAUAGAUUGUGCCAUAAUCGACAUGAUAUCUCUAAGAGAACAAAUAACCGAUGUAGAUAUGAACGAAAUCAUUAAUGUGUAA